AGUUGACGCAAUUACGGUGGACGAUUAAACGGAAAUGAAAACCACAUGGGAAUAUGUUGUGACCUGCUGCACCGGUGUAGAUGGAAGGGGGGGAGAGGAAGUUCCUAGAUGUGUGCACGAUCUCGCACUCCUUUGACACGCGACAUUCGGACGUUUCCUUUCAAAAAAAAUAUCCGAAGCUCCAAACGGACCAUUAUAGUCAUUCGCUUCCCAGCUAACGGCAUUAUUAACGUUUCACCUGGAGCCUGUCUAUCAAACGAGGUGCAAACGAGCCACGGUAACAUAGUGCGCAAGAUGGGGUUGUCGUUGUCAUAUCCACUGGUGAACGAGCCAGAAAGUUAUGUGGAUCCGGAUCUAAACGAAGACUCCGACGAGAUGAAUUUUGCUAUGGAAUUGCACGAGAUUAACUUGAGCUACACAUACGACAUGAUCCAACAGAGGAUUCGCUCUAUCAAGGAGUCCGCCAAAUUUGACAAGUACAGCUACGACUGGAACACCAGUGUGUUGGAUCUGAAGGACGAGUUCCCCCACUGGACAGCUGAUGACCUGCUCAACCUGAGACGUCAGUUUGAGAUUUUUGACACCAACAAAGACCGCCUGCUGGACUUCAGCGAGUUUUGCGCUUCCCUGAACAUGGUCAACGAUGCAUCAACUAUGGAGGCCAGGAAAGAAAUGUUUAGUAGAGCGGACAAGGACAACUACAAGUCCAUCAACUUCGAGGAGUACCUCCAGCUGAUGUAUGACCUCAAGCAGGGCAUGCCGGUCCCCAAGCCCCUCGAGAGCGAGGACGACAAGGACACGGCCACCGGUGACAUCAUCUGUGAAGUGGCCCGCAUGGACACCUUCCAGCAGAUGUGCUACGGGGUCUUCUGAACACACAUACACACUCCUGAUGACAUGAUGGAUUUGUUGUGCCUUAACUGGGAUUGAGGAAAUGACGUUGUAUAAAUUGGCUUUAUAUAAUUCAAAAUGAUUAAAUAUACAGUUGUUUUUCCCAA